AUGAGUCCCAUGUUAGACACGUGCCUGGAGCAGUUUGACAACUUGCGUAGACGAGGUCUUCUUUUGUACGGUGACACGGAUGCGGAGCUGGUACAUGGUGCAUUUCCGUUACAAUUCCGCAUUGUUCCAGCGAUCAGGAAAAAGCCACAGCUCAACCAUCAGCCUGAUGAAACCCCUGCGACACCCGACCCCUUUGGCAACCCUGACCCGUCCUUUGUCGUCACCCAAGUAAACGGCUAUACUGUCCAGUUGAACAAAUUUUGCGUGAUGAGGCCACAGCUACUGCUGCAUCCCCAGACUUUCUCGUCCCAAACAACUCGGUUGUCGAUCGACGACUUUGUAGCUUCUCGAGAAAUUAUGCUAAAGCUUGACCCAAUUGAUGCGAUAGCCUUUUACAACUGCUGCCCAGAGGCAGGGUCGUCACAGCCGUACAAGCAUGUCCAGAUCAUGUUAAAGCCUGCUCGGUAUGAAUUCAUCAUGUGGCCGGAUAGGGUCGCCGCAGAUUCCAUCGAGCGCCUCAAUUACUGCCCUCCCGUGGAGCUCAGUGUUCCAUAUCUUGUACGCUUCGGGUCUAUCAAGGAUAUGGGUGCGCAAGGCAUCUUCGAGAUGUAUCAGCAUUUGCUUUCCAUCCUCGAAGGAAUCCUCGGACGUGAAAUCAGAGCCCACAAUAUUGUCUUCACGGCGGAUUGGAUGUGUGUCAUUCCUCGUAGACAGUCAGGCGCCGAUGGACGUCCUGGAGCCAACAGCAUGGGCAUGAUGGGCGUGAUAUGGGUCGCUGACGACGCUGAGAGGCGAUCUUGGGAGGAUCUAGGCUUAUCUAAGUAUCUUUCAGAACUUGGGUUCCCUUCCGACUGGUGCCCAAACUGA